UUUGCGCCUGCGCAGCGGAGUCCGCGGGUGGGCGGAGCUGGUCGGGAUGAGUGGCGGAGGGACAGAGACCCCUGUAGCGUGCGAGGCCGCCCAGGGCGGCGGCGGCGGCAAGAAGCGGGACUCGCUGGGGACUCCGGGUGCGGCGCACCUCAUUAUCAAGGAUCUUGGAGAAAUUCAUUCAAGGCUUCUGGAUCACAGACCAGUUACCCAAGGGGAAAUUCGUUAUUUUGUAAAAGAAUUUGAAGAAAAACGUGGUCUUCGAGAAUUGCGAGUGCUCGAGAACUUGAGGAAUAUGAUCCAGGAAACAAAUGAACGCAUGCUUCCCAAGUGCAGAGAGACGAUGCAGGACGGCCUGGAGGAGGCCCUGCAGAGACUGCAAGCCGCUAACGACUCCAUCUGCAGACUCCAGCAGAGAGAACAGGAACGGAAGAAGGUGAUUAAUGACCACUUGACAGCCAGUGAGAAGCAGCGUCUGCUCCAGUGGGAGGAGUUCAUGAAAGAACAGCCACAGCGCCGAGCUGAAGUGGAUGAUGAGCACAGAAGAGCCAUGGAAAGGCUCAAAGAGCAAUAUGCCGCAAUGGAGAAGGACCUAGCGAAGUUUUCUACCUUCUAAGAAUUUGAUCUACAGAUGAAUGAGAAACUUUCCCCCAAAUCUUCCCACCAACCACAUAGCCUCUUCUUCAAGUUUAGAAAUAUAUCCAGUGGCACUCUUAGGUCUAAAGAGAGGAGCUUGUGAAGGGAGCCAGGUAAAUGUCCAAUGGAAGAAGCGUGCUCACAUGUCUAAAUGUGAUCAUCUGAAGGAGAAGAGCGAAAAUGGGACAGAUUUAUUACUAAUCAAAUGUGGUCUUCUUUUUUGGUGAUUAGCUUAGAUUGCUAUGUGUCCAUUCCUUCAAGAAUCUGCUUCAUUUUCACCAAGGGUAAAUGGUUUCUCAUUGUGGAUUAAAUGGCAAGUGUGCAGCCGCCUAUCACAGCAUCCCUAAGGAAGGGUCAGACUAGCUUUUCCUGUGACAGAUGCCAUGGUGUCCUUUGAACAAUGUGCUUGGAGAUACCGUAUUUUGCAGUACAACACAAUACUGUGUGUUUCACUGAGUGACAAGACAUACAUGAUUGGUGGCCUUGUAGCAUUUAAUAUUUUCAUCUUGUAAACAAUGCCUAGGAGAAAAUUUCCACCCAAAUGUAUUUUCACAUCUAGCAUCUCCAAGGAUCAUCAUCUUGCCCUAGAUGGUACUUCCCCCACUUUUGUGUCUGUUUUGCUUUGUGUAAGCUCUUUAAGGACCAGCAUCUGUGCAUGCUUCAGCUGCUCAGUGAGUAGUCAGCAGAGGCCGCCACGGAGUCCAUACAGAACUGUGUCGGACUGGCUCUGGGCAGGCAAGGAAUGUUCACCCACACUGCAGGUGAUCUGUGUUAGAGGUAAAUCCCUUUCGUAUUAAUGUCUGUUCUCCAGCAGGUGUGUCCGUAUGGAACACCACUGUCCAUCACCACUGUGAUUUUUACACACUUGUACUUAAUCUAAUCAAAGAACCAUGUUGAACUUCAUUGGCUACAAAUUGAACAGAAGUACAUGCAGUCAUUUGAGGAGCUGCAUAGCCAGUGGAUAUGAGGUGCAGAUGAGUCUUUCUAAUAUUUUCUGUUGCUCUUCGGUCAAGAAAGGUAAGAAACAAAUACCUCACUCUCUCAGGAUAUCUCCAUGUUCUCACUGCAGAAAAUUGACAAUGCUUGCCUGUGUAAAUAUAUGGCCGACUGUGAAAGCUUCAUUCUUAGCUCAUGCUGAAAUGGGAUUAAAGCUAAUAGAAGAGAUGAAAUAAGUAUUUGAGGUUUCUUUCAGUAACACUGAACUUGUGCCAACUUUCUCUGUCUGCUACUGUAGGCCUGACAGGUUCAUCAAUCAUCCUCUGCUCCCUGGACUGAAAGAGUGCUUGCUGACACAGAAGCAUGCUAGAAUUUUCUUAAUUUCUCUCUUUUAGUGGAUGGAAAAAAAUUUCCAAAAAUAUCCCACACGUGAAAAGGAAAGGGAGGGGUCCACAAGGAAAAAUCCUCUUUGUAUCAUAGGCACUUUUUGGAAUGUCGUUAGUGACCACCACGCUAUUAAUAGCUCCUGCGACCAAGUCAGAAUUCUGAGUGCCAGUGGACAUGUGGACUGUGGUCACUGGACACAUAACACAGCAGAGAUUUCUGGUGUUUUGUGUGCAUUAUAAACAAACACUUUACCUCCUAAAUUUGUCUAUAACAGAAAUCUUCCUAAGGAGUGCAGACCAGGGCAGUUUCUAAGCUUUCCAUAUGAAUGCACUCAGUUUUCUGUAGCAUUGUUAAAUUUCUAAAAGGGUCGGUUGGUUUGCCUUCCUGCUGUCCUGUUCAGUGGUGAACACUUCUCCUUUUCUUCCUUUCCAGAUUGUCUUUGUUACAUAUUCUUAUUUAAAAUAGUCAAAUGCACAAUUGACAUUUGUUCUAUGUUGAACAGAGAUACUAUGGGUUAUGUGUGGCUCACAGGAUUCUAACAAUCAAAUGAAAUAAUACCUUAUAAUUUUAAACUAUUAGGAAA